AUGAUCGUUAUCCUUUUAGUCGACCUGCACCCCAGAAUUGGUACUGCGUGCAUGCAUUCUCUGGCUUCAUCCUCACCGCUACUACCGAGCUACCAACUUAAGUCUAGUGAACUAAUAUUCAGUGGGUGCAUUAUGCAAUACGGAAAAUCCCAUGUCCGAGAUCUGGCCCUGCAGGUGGCGGAUUGCGGAUUGCGGAUUGCGGAUUACGGAUUACGGAUUGCUGAAUACUAA